AGAGAUAUAGAGAGAAGCAGAGAGAGAGGGAAAAUUAGAUAUUUGUGAGAAUAUUUUAUAUUUGCUGGGGAGGUAACAGAGAUCAAAUCUAGAUUGUGUACGGUAUACAUUACACUCUUCAAGCUGGGCCCUGAGAGGUACUUUGAUUUCUCUGCCAACUUUAUCCCGGCUGGCGAACGCCUCCACAACCCGAAACCCGACGAUGCAGCAGAUGUGGCUCUCCCUGCUGUCCGGCCUUUGCCUCCACUUGGUUUUAUUCUGCAGCGCAGAGGAAGGCCUGGAGUUCCCCAACUUCGACGGCAGGGACAGGGUGCUGGACGUCAGCGAGCGCAACUACAAGAAGGCUCUGAAGAGAUACGACCUGCUGUGCCUGUUCUACCACGAGCCGAUGCCGGCCAGCAAGGGCCUGCAGAAGCGCUUCCAGAUGACAGAGCUGGUGCUGGAGCUCACAGCUCAGGUCCUGGAGAACAAAGACAUCGGUUUUGGGAUGGUGGACUCCCAGAAGGAUGCCAAAGUAGCCAAAAAACUGGGUCUGGAGGAGGUGGGCAGCUUGUACGUCUUCAAGGGCGACCGGGUCAUCGAGUUUGAUGGGGAGCUCUCAGCAGACACACUCGUGGAGUUCCUGUUGGAUGUGCUGGAGGACCCGGUGGAAAUGCUCAACAACGCCAUGGAGCUACGGGCCUUCGAGAGGAUGGAGGAGGACAUCCGCCUCAUUGGCUACUUCAAGGGAGAAGAUUCACACUACAAAGCUUUUCAGGAGGCCUCGGAGCGUUUUCAACCUUACAUCAAGUUCUUUGCUACAUUUGAUAAAUCUGUAGCCAAACAUCUCUCCCUCAAGAUGAACGAGGUGAAUUUCUACGAGCCGUUCAUGGAGGAGCCGGCCAUCCUGCCUGGCAGACCUCUGUCAGAGAUGGACAUCGUCGAGUUCGUCAACCAGCACAGAAGGGCUACUUUGAGGAAGCUCCGGGCAGAGAAUAUGUUUGAAACAUGGGAGGACGACAUGGACGGAAUACAUAUUGUGGCGUUUGCAGAGGAGGAAGAUCCAGAUGGCUAUGAGUUCUUAGAGAUCCUGAAAGACGUGGCAAGAGACAACACCAACAACCCAGAGCUCAGCAUCGUCUGGAUCGACCCCGACGACUUCCCUCUGCUGACAACUUACUGGGAAAAAACCUUCAAGGUGGACCUGUUCAGACCUCAGAUUGGUGUGGUCAAUGUCACAGAUGCGGACAGCGUGUGGCUGGACAUGUCCAACGACGAGGACCUGCCCACCCCCGAGGAGCUGGAGGACUGGAUAGAGGAUGUCCUGUCGGGGAGGGUGAACACGGAGGACGACGACGAGUCUGCCGACGACCAGGAGAACCCCGACAACUACGUCCCGGAGGACAGCUACGAGAGUCACGACCCAGAGGAGGAAGACGACGGCGACGACUAACCGGAAUGUCAAGGCAGUUCAGACCUGGGUCAGAAAACUGAACUCGUUUGCUACAUUAGAACCACAUCACUGACAAAUUCAAUUGUUUUGUAAGUGAAGUUAAAAGGAAAUGUAGUCUCCCAAAAAAUAAACUCUGUAGACUGGUUUAAAUAGUUAGGCAGAUAAAACAGAACUGAUUGAAGGUCAUCACGUGUAUAUUAAAGCUCCAUUAAGAGAUUUUGGCCAUUUGGGGGCAGCGCAAUAAACUGUAACCCGUUAUCACCCUUUAAGUUGUUAUAGCCAACGUGUUAGCAAACACAUCCAGCAGACGCGAAGCAGCAUUAGCAUGUGUAGUCAAAUGAUUAAUCAAUAUGUUAAUAUAAACAUAUUGAUUAUAAGCUUUAAGGUUGACGUAAGUGACAAGAUGAAUUAUGUGUGAGAAUAAAUGACAAUGUUUUAUGUUCUUUUAGGUAGAAACAAAGCUUGAACUGUUGUUUUAGGAUUAAAUAAAAGUCCAGACGACCAUG